UUCCCUUGGGUGCGUAGGUUCCUGUUAGCAGAAGCUUUGGGUCGUAACGCCACAACUGACGGCUGCGAGGGAUUGAGACCAGAGUAAUUCUCCUUGGAAGUUAAGAAAAAGGACAGGGCAUUGUUGGAAUCCAGUGUCUUCCUUGGAGCAGCAUCUUAGACAGGUUUUCCUUUAGAAAUGAGUUGCACAAUCGAGAAGGCACUAGCUGAUGCCAAAGCUCUUGUUGAAAGAUUGAGAGAUCAUGACGAUGCAGCAGAAUCUCUGAUUGAGCAAACCACAGCUCUCAAUAAGCGAGUAGAAGCGAUGAAGCAGUAUCAGGAAGAAAUUCAAGAACUUAAUGAAGUUGCAAGGCAUCGGCCACGGUCCACAUUAGUUAUGGGAAUCCAGCAAGAAAACAGACAAAUCAGAGAACUGCAACAAGAGAACAAAGAAUUACGUACAUCCCUGGAAGAACAUCAGUCUGCCUUGGAACUUAUAAUGAGCAAGUAUCGAGAGCAAAUGUUUAGACUGCUAAUGGCUAGCAAAAAAGAUGAUCCGGGUAUAAUAACGAAGUUAAAAGAACAGCACUCCAAGAUUGACAUGGUACAUCGUAACAGCUCCGAAGGAUUCUUCCUUGAUGCAUCUCGACACAUCUUUGAAGCAUCUCAACAUGGACUGGAGAGGAGGCACUUGGAAGCAAAUCAGAAUGAAUUACAAGCACAUGUUGAUCAGAUAACAGAAAUGGCAGCAGUAAUGAGGAAAGCUAUUGAAAUUGAUGAGCAACAGGGUUGCAAGGAACAGGAGCGAAUAUUUCAACUUGAACAAGAAAACAAAGGCUUGAGAGAGAUCCUUCAAAUAACUCGAGAAUCAUUUCUGAACCUUAGGAAGGAUGAUAUGUCUGAAAGUUCAUCUUUGUCAGCAUUAGUGACCAAUAGUGACCUGAGUCUGAGGAAAAGCUGAAGAGCCUAUAAGUGUGUGAGCUUCUUACAAGGCUCUAAAUGGUCACCGGGACUGGUCUACUAAAGUGAAUGAAUUAACAGAAAAAUCUGUCUCAAGCUACCCUUUGCUUUAUUUUUUUUCUAUAGUAUGUACAGUGCACUGGCAAUGAUAUUCUUGAGAUAGCAACAAAAAAAUGCAUAGUUAAUGGUCAUAGACUUUAUUCCAAAAUAAAAUUUAAAAUAGAAACUUUGUUAACUGAUGAACAAACUAAAGAUUUUCUGAGUGCUAAAGUGUCAAGAGCUUCCAGCAGUGCAGGUGGCAUUCUGGAUGACACUUGGAUAAACGUGACUAUCCCCAGUAAGUGUUUGGGAGUUCAUGAAAUUAUUCUCAUUUUGCCACAGUUUUAUGAAGAAAGAUUGUCAUACAAAUUUUAUUUCUCCUUGUAUGGCGUCAGAGUUAUCAGAGAGCUUUACGUACCAUGAGACUUCAGCUUUAAUGAUUGCCUGUCUACCUUCCCAUAAAUGUAAAUUUUUGUCAAAGAAAAUUCAGUUAGCAAGGCCAUAGGAAUGUUUUAUAUGCACCAUAAACAAGAGGUGAUUUAAUUUUAGCUAACUUGCCAUAGUUAAAAUAGCUAACAAUUGUCCGUAAGUUGCUUAAGUAUAUGAAAUAUUUCAGGAAUGAAAGAGAAAGAAUAUUACUUUCUAAGAAAGAAGAUCUUAGACAUAUUAGUAGGUUAAACUACUCCUUUGAAAGAUUUAAGUUUUGGUUCUAAAUCAAUAAUGAAGAUGAGAUUUUUCUCUUCUCUGGUUGAUCUUUAAGGAUGUUAUGUAGCUCUUAGCUGAAAGAGUUGAAAUGUUUGAUACAGCAUAGGUAAGGUAAUUUCAGAGUAAAUUAAGAAUUGUUCUGCCUCACUGAACCCUUUUUUAAAAGUAUUUUUUUUUAAGUAUUCUUAAGAUACAGAAAGUAAGUUAAAAUUUCGAAAAAAAAAUUGUUUUCUGGGUCUAUUCUUAAGCUUUAUCUGGUCCUCAUAACCUGUAAGAUUUUUCUUAUAACCUCUCAGUCAAAGGGGGGUGGGGGGAAGGAAGUCUAUGGAUUUAUAAGUAUUUGUUUUAUUUUUUACAAAAUAUAUAUCCAGUACGUAAAUUUUUAAAAGCCACUAGACAUAAAUGUACUUUAACAUCAGUUGAAAUCGAAAUUUUUCUUAUUUUGUGAUUAUAGAAUAAAAGGAUAAAAGAAAAAUGUCA